CCUCUAAAUCCUCGUCCGUUCUCAUACCCACUUUGAGAUUCCUUACGCGCGCCCGGGUUACGAUGUCCAAAUUGCACCGCGAUAUAGAGGAGCUCCGGAGCGGUACUCAGUCUCCGCGCCCUGAGACGCCUGAGCCGGACUCGAGACAGGGCAGACGGAACCGCCCCGAGGCAGGGGUGCAGCUUCUAGACGAUGAUGGUGCUGUGUCGCUGCAGUUAGAGUCGUGUUUGAAGCAUAUCUUUGCGAAGUACUGCACACCGAAGGCGUCCGCGCAGAGGCAUGGGGAGCUCCUUGAGCCACCGGAGGGCGCGUACCUAUCACCGGAAGGACUGGACUCCUGGGCGCGAGAUACGAACGGCGCGCCGUUCGAUGAUGCAACUAAGGAGGAGCUGCUGGAGUUCAUGGAUGUAACAGACAAUGGAGGCUUGACAUUCAAAGGUUUCAUGCAAGUCUACCAGUUGCAAACGGAGAAUGACGAAGAAGAAACUUGGAGAGAUCUCUCUGCACACGGCUUUGAUCGAACACUGCGGCUCGUAGCUACUAGAAGGGAAGACAGUGACAGCGACCCUCGGUUUCCUGCGCAAAUAUCUUCAUAGCAGGGAGCGUCCCAUGCAUCUUCCAUAGUAUCGCGACUGCUACCGAAGCUCAAUAUCGCGUCAUGCGGCCUCGUCUUGGCAUGCAUGAAUACUUCUUAUGGGUAUGCUACAGAUGUUCGGGCAGGGGUCCCAUGCACCUCGCUAUGCAGCCGUCGCCGGAUCCAGGAUGUGGCAAACCACGAUGAAAGACGAACAGUAUCAGAAGACUUACGAUUACCGUUUGAUGUUAUACAUGUACACGCCCGAAGUUAAGUCGUCCAUAUACCCCAUUAGCAACAAGACUUCCCUCCUUCACGUCUUAAGCACUAGCUUCCAUAUCUCCACACCAUCCCAGUCUCCUCUUUGCCACCGGGCGCCG